GACCACACAUCCUUCAUGCACGCCCCCUUUUCCUUCUUUUUUUUUUUGGUAGACAUAACAGGACAAAAGCAUAUAUCAUUCAUUCGAUGGGAUGGUGAACAACAAACAACAAACAGAUUGGUCUAGUCAAUUCAUGCUACCGACCUCACAACCUGAAAACUAUUAUGCAACCAACUAUCCUCCCAAUUCAUCCUCAUCAUCGAAGCAUAUAGCCAUCCUUUAUGAUGAUGACGAUCCAUCUUCAGAUAUGAUGUUGACUCAUGACUGUCAAUAGAUACGCACCACACGUGACAAUCAACCAGCAGUCAGUCGAUCUCUACCCUUCUCAACAUUCUAGCACCCUGAGCUCGCCCACUCCUUUCUAUUUUCAUGAGGAACAGCAUCCUUCCACACAAAAGUAUGAAUCCAUGUUCUUGGCUGAGAAUAAUAACAGUAGACCACCUGAAGUGACGAGUGUCAAGCAACACUUGGACGACUCAUUUCUGAUGCAACAUAAUCAACAUAUGGAACAACAACAUAUACAUUCAAAUAGUGAAGAAGGCAAAGAGGAUGAGCCCGUCAUUGGAGAUGGCGCACGGAGUUAUAGCAGUGUAGAGAGCUCGGGUAGCAGGAGGUCUCAGAAACUAUCAAAAGAAGAUAAACGAAAAAGAAAUACCGCUGCAUCGGCUCGUUUUCGUAUCAAAAAGAAGAUGAGGGAAAAGGCCCUCCAAAGUACUGCUUGUGAGAUGACGGAAAAAGCAAAAAAAAUGGAACAAAAAGUCCAUGAACUCGAAAGAGAGAUUAAAUGGCUCAAGGCCUUGAUUGUAGAAAAGGAUGAUGCUCGGUUAGAACAGCUCAUAAAAGAAAGACCAGCUGCAUCCAUUGCUUUUCCUAUGCCUUCGACAUCGCAACAGUCACAGCAGCCCUCUGAAGACGAAGAGGAUGAGAACAGUGAUGAAAACUAAAAAACUAAAAAAAAAAAAAAGAAUAUGAUUAUAUGAUUCCCUUUUCUCUAAGAAUAUGCUUAUUAUGCCCC